GCUGAGAGAAAAAGUGCUGAAAAUGGGGGAUCAGCAGACAUAUAAAACAAACCAUAUAGUUAACAACAGCGAAAAUGUGUAUUACCAGCACCAGCACUUGAGUCCUCUGGCAUCUGCAAACCACAGCUAUGGAACGUCAGCCAUGCAUACGUCUCCAGAGUCUCCCCUCUCUCCGUCAUUCCCUCACGAUGCCAGGGAAAACAUAUCCUUGAAUGUUGGGCCCAAAGGCCUUGGAUUAAUGGAUUCUCCUAGGCAAGCAGACUGGGCCCAUUUGGCGUCUGGAAACCACCUCCCAGUAAGAAACAGUCAGCAUGUCAUGUGGAACCCAAUGGCUCAAAGCGAACCGGUUGAUGGUUUUGACCAUCUCUGUUCCCAAAGCAAUGACCUCAGAUCACAAAAAAUUACCAGUGGAGUUUUGCAUAAAUUAGACUCUUUUGCCCAGGUGUUUGCUAGCCAAAACUUAAGAAUCCAAGUGAACAAUGUGUCUCAGCAUAUUCAGUCGCAACCUCCAGUGAUGGAGAAUGCUGGCGAUAGUGCACUUCGGCAAUUGCUGUCUCAGAAACCUGCUGUGGAGCAACAACUUGUGCCGAGAUACCAGCAGAUGUCACAGCAAGUCCAUCCUGGCUUUGGAAGUGCACAACAGAAGCAACAGAUGCAGUUAAUGCAACACCAGCCCUCUCUUUAUUAUGACAAUCAGCAACAUGUUGCCCAUAUUCCAAUGCACUCUGCCAUGCACCAGGGACAGGCCCACUUGCAGCAAAUGCAUUCUCAACAUUUGUUGCCACCGCAGCUACAGCAAGACCAAUACUAUCUGCAGCAGCAGCCCCAUCAAGGACAGCACAGGCUCUUGGUACAUGAAAUGCAGCCUCAGCAGCAGCAACAGAGGCAGUGUCCCAUGCAAACAGCUCAGUAUUAUCCAAUACAGCCUAUGAUGCAACAAUUACAGCAGCAGCAGCAGCAGCAGCAGCAGAUACAAACACAACUUUCUCCCUAUCACAGGGACACCAACCAGAAGCCUCUGCACGAACCUCAGCAAUAUUCCCAAGACAGAGGUAAUUCCAUGCAGCUUAUACAGCUAGGAGCAGUGCCUCCAUAUUUCUAUCAAGAUCAGCAGCAGUCAUUCAAACAUUUGUAUCCACAAAGUGUUCUGCAGCAGCAACAGCCAUCUGGUGAUGCCAGUCAGCCCGAUCAUUAUCAGACUGAUGGUAACACUCAGGCAUUGAUGGAUGAACACCUGGGACUCCCUGUGGCAGAGGAGACUGAAGUUCCAGCACCACAGGGCCUGAAUUCUGGGGACAGCACAAUCUCUCAACAAUCUCUUAGACCUACAACAAGUGUUCAGAUGAAUAACAAAAGACCUCAGCAGUUGUCUCCCAGUGCAGUAUGGCCACAGAUCCAGUUACUUGAUGGAAGACUUUCAUCAGUUUCUCCUGAACAAAGCAAUGCUUGUGAUAAAGAAACAUAUAUUGAAAGACCUGAAUCAAAGAGCAAACUGACAUGCUCUGUAUGUUUCAAAGAGUUUAAAAGUUUACCAGCUCUAAAUGGUCACAUGAGGUCUCAUGGAGGGAUACGGGCAUCUCCUAUCUUCAGACAGGAGGAUGGGGAGAACCUGCCACAGCAGCACCAGCAGGAACAGCUGCCCUCUGAAGCGGAUAGCUUUGCGCCUAUCGUCAUGCCUGUGUCUGUCCCUGUAAAGGUUCUGUCGCCUGAGCCCAACAAGCAGGCCAGAGAUGGCUGUGCCCCGGUCAAAGACAAGCCUGUCUCAGAUGAUGAGAUGCCUGUCCUUGUGAGGAUGAUCUGUUCUCCUGCACAUUCCCCUAACGCCAUCAGCCCAAGUACCUCUUCUGCUGUGCUGAUGUACCCAAAGAGUGGAUCCCAGGUCAGCAGAAAGGAUCACAAUAGAAAGCACCACCAAAGUAUCACCAACUCUGAAGAAAAUAUCAAACCUUUUCAAGACAAGAAAAAAUACCGUCACAGACCCGAACCACUCUUCAUACCACCUCCCUCCUUCAGUCUCAGUGCAUCUCUCUUAGGGGCUACUCUGUACCAAAGCCAACUUCGCUCUCCUCGUGUCUUAGGAGACCUUCUAAUUGACAGGACUCAUAAUCCCCCACCUUAUACACCACCUCCUAUGCUUAGCCCCAUACGGCAAGGAUCUGGACUCUUCAGCAGCGUCAUCAUAUCUUCUCAUGGUAUAUCUCAUCCCCAGCUGCCCCUUACUCCUCUGACACCCACUCCCCGGAUUCUCCUCUGUCAAUCUAAUAGUAUUGCUGGAAACAGUGUUCCUGUGACCCCAAGACCUGGAGAACAGACUAUUGAUAUUGAACCGUGUAUCAACAUUGGCUCAAGUUUCCAGGCAAAUAUCCCUGAACUUAAAGAUAUAGCAUUGGUGGAAAAGGAGGAUCACAAAGCAACUUUAGUUUGGAAACCAUGGCCAGAACUGGAGGACAAAACAUUUGAACAAAGAGUGACCAAUCUCUUAAAUAUGUGCUGCUCGAGCAUAUUAACUGGUGGAGGAACCAACAUAGAAUAUGGUUUGCAUUCUCUCUUUGAAGCUAAAGGGAAUAUUAUGGCUGCUCUGGAGAUGCUGCUCCUUUUGAAACCAAAAAGAGCAAAAUCACAUCCUCUAGCCAAUUAUCAUUAUGCUGGUUCAGACCAGUGGACACCAUUUGAAAGAAAAUCGUUCAGUAAAGCACUGGCAACAUAUGGCAAAGAUUUCAUUUUUGUACAAAAAGUGGUGAAGUCUAAGACAGUCGCGCAGUGUGUUGAAUACUAUUAUACGUGGAAGAAAAUCAUGCAUUUAGGACGACGGCACAGAACUCGGCAGGCAGAAGUAAAAACUGAAUGCCCAACAAGUGGUGAAGAUGAGGAGAUGGAAGGUGAAGAGCAAACUGAGGAAGAAAAAGCAUCUGUAAAAGAAGAGGAUACAGAAAUUCAGAAUUCCCCUGACCCACCAUCUAUUGCUGUUGCAUCACCCAUUAACUCACCCUCUCUGCAAAGCCUUGGUCUACCUGCGACUUCUUUUAUCUGUGAAAUGCCAGACUGUGGGGCUGUCUUCACUUCCAGACAAGCCCUGAAUGGCCAUGCACGUAUUCACGGUGGUACAAAUCCUGUGGUCAAAACCCGCUGUGGGGGCCCUGGCACUAAACAGAAGUCGAAUUCUCAGAAUGACUACUGCUCUGUCAAGAGUUCCCCAGCUCAUAGCACAACAAGUGGUGAGACAGAUCCGCCUACAGUUUUCCCCUGUAAAGAAUGUGGCAAGAUGUUUUUCAAAAUCAAAAGUCGCAAUGCUCAUAUGAAGACCCACCGCCAGCAGGAAGAACAACAGAGGCAGAAAGCCCAGAAGGCUGCUGUUGCAGCCGAAAUGGCAGCUACAAUAGCAAGGACUACUGGAUCACCAAGGCACAGUUUGAUUCCCCUGGAUCAUUUAGACUUAAUAAAGCAAGUUGAACAGGGAGAUGACCUUGGCAGCGAUGUUGUAAAGGAACUGGGAGAAGUAAUUGACAAUGCUGAAGUGAUAAACCCCAGCCUCUUACUGGAUGAAGAAGAAUCAGAGUUGCUUCAGGAUGAGGUUGAGCUGUAGACAAAAUGAGCCACAUCUGUAACAUAACAGAUGCCAGUUGGAAAUAAGUUUC